AGUCCGGUCCACCUUAACUGCGCGAACACAUCUGGCCAAAGAAUCAGAAGCGGAUGCGUUGUAUCCUUUUUCAGGGGCCUCAAUGGCCAGUGGGAGGUGUCUUGUGCUGCAGCAAACACCGCGGGGCCCCCCCGGCCUCAUUCAUUCAGCGCUCGCAGGCCCGCCAAGCGCCGAGCGAGGAGAGGAGAGCUGCGAGCCCGGCCGACAAAAAAAAAAGGAAAAAAAAAAAAAACCCCACACACAAAACAAAACAAGCCCCCCUCCCCACAAAAAAAAAAAAAAAAAAAAAAAAAAGAAGAGCCAGCCUUGACGCCUCGCACGCCGCAGGAGCGCCCACUUUGGAUGGAACUCCGUCGGCUUUUUGCGCCGAUCCAACGCUCGCCCUCACUUUUCUUGCCUUUCCGCUCACUUUUUCCUCCCCAACUCCGACUCGGUUCGGUCCCGGCCGGAGAUCGGCCUGCCUCGCGUCUCGCACCUAUGAAAAACUGAACGGAGGAGCUUUGGAUUUACUCCCCCCACUUUAAUUUUUUUUUUUUCUUCUUGUUUUGUUUUCCACGCAAAGGGAACUUUACUUAAAAAAAAAAAAAGGGAAUUUAUCAAUUGACGCCGCCGCCGCCGCGACGAGGAUCCACGCAAGCCCGCAUUCGGAUUAGCAGGCUGCGAAUGCUCCGCGUUGAAUCCGCGUGGGGGGGCAUCCGACGCGCUUCCUUUGCGGAUGGACUCUUGCUAGGCUGCCUGCUUGAUGGAUUCGAACCUCUGGACGCCUGCAUAUAAGGUUUUCCGAUGCAUGCCAAGUCCACGGUGAAUGUCGGAAGUGGCGAUCCCCCCAGAUGGAGCUCCAAAGUCAACAUGGCCCCGGCGGUUCAUUAGCGGCGAUCCAGCAGCCCUCCCUCGAGAGCCGCCAGAGGUCGGAUUACGAGCGGGAGUUCCAGCAUGCCGCCGUCCUCUCCCUGGACCAGAUCAAGGCCAUCCGCUCCAGCAACGAGUACACGGAGGGGCCGUCGGUGGCGCGCCGCCCGCCCGUGCCCCGCAUGCCGCCCCGGCCCCACGACAAGCAAGAGAGGACUCACGAGGUCAUCCUGGUCAAUGUGAACAACAACUAUGAGCGCCGGCCGUCCGGAGGGGGGGCGGGGGCGGCGGCGGGCGGCGGCGGGUCCCGGGUGCCGGUCCUGAGCCGCUCUACCAGCACGGGGAGCGCCGCCAGCUCGGGGAGCAACAGCAGCACCUCCUCCGAGCAGGGACUGCUGGCGCGGUCGCCGCCCGCCAGACUCCUCCACGGCAACUCGCGGCCCAUCCGGACUCAGCCCAAAGCCAAAGGGCCGCUAGCGGAGCCCGACUCGGGUCCGCUCUUCCACCAGGUGCCGCUCAAGGGCAAAUCGGACUCGCCGGCGCCCGCCUCCGCCGGCCACCAGUUCAUCUGCGAACGUUGCGGCAAAUGCAAGUGCGGCGAGUGCACGGCGCCCCGCAGCCUGCCCUCGUGCCUGGCGUGCAACGGCCAGUGCUUGUGCUCGGCGGAGAGCGCGCUCGAGCACGGCACGUGCAUGUGCCUGGUCAAGGGAAUCUUCUACCACUGCUCCAACGACGACGAGGGCGACUCGUGCGCCGACCACCCCUGCUCGCCGUCGCACUCGCACUGCUGCUCGCGCUUCCUGUGCAUGGGAUUAAUGUCGGUACUGUUCCCGUGCCUGCUGUGCUACCCGCCGGUCAAGGGCUGCCUGAAGGCGUGCCAGGGGUGCUACGACCGGGUGCGGAGGCCCGGCUGCCGGUGCAAGAACUCCAACACUGUGUACUGCAAACUGGAGAGCUGGGCCCCGCAGAACCGGGACAAACCCUCCUGAUCGGACCCCCACCCCUGAAACCCGCCGACAAGGACAGUGAUUAAUGACAGCCGCAAAAUCUAGCAAGCACCUCCCGCCCGUCUUCCCUUGAAGAAAAACCACUCGAUGGAACCGAAAAAACAAAAAGAAAACCGAAUUUCUGUGUCUGGAGACCCCGAUUUGACUCACCGGUGUUUGCCUUAACCGCUCUCACGUCUUCUUUGUAUUUUUUUGUUGUCGUCUUUUCCUGUGAAGGAGCGUCCUUUUCCGAGCAGGGUUUCCCAAACUAAGCACACUUCGGGAACGCCAAGCCGAGGUGUAAACACGAAAGAAUCCAGCAGCUUCGAUUUGACGUUUGAGGGGGGGCCCCCCCCCGCCCCCCGCCACCCCUGAAACGGGAACCCCCUCCAAUCUCAUUUUGAGAUACGCUGCCCAUCUCAAAGCAAUGGAAAUGAAGGCAAAAGAACAGAAUUCAAAGUGGAUGUUCGGGGACAAUCCCCCCCCCCCCCCGACCCCCACCACCAUUAUGGUUCUAUUUCUGGCAUAGUUCCCCCCCCCCCAUCCCUUUGGUAAUAUCAACUCAAUCUGUACUUCCAGUUUGUCAUUGGGGUUCCAUUGUGACCCCCCGACCCUUAUGUUGGGAAACCCUGCUCAUUUUUAAGGCAAUGAUGUAGCUUUUACCUGCAGGUCUCUUAUUAUUAUUAUUAUUAUUAUUAUUAUUAUUUUGCAAUUACCGUUGCUAGACCACACAAAAAAACCUCCUCCAUGCUUUUGUUGCAUUAACACAAGCACAUCCAUCUCAUAGUAUUUGUUAUUCCUCUGUUUUGGCCACACGGAAUAUGUUUUCCCCCCCCCCCCCCCCAUUUAUUUUGUCUAUAUUGUAUGGUUAAAAAAAGAGAAAAAAAAAGAGGAAUUCUGGCUAUUUUGGUAAAGAAAAUCUGUUAAAUUGUUUUUGUUGUACAAAAAUAUUUAUUAUGUGAAGCUCUAUUAUUUUAUGAUAUUUAUUGCAAGAGACAGUCUUAAAAAAUUUUACUCAUGUCUGAAUAUAACAAAAAAAAUAUCGAAUAGUUACUGAGGAAAAAAAAUACAAAUAAAAGGGUGGCACAAAAGAAAACUAUGUUAACUUUAAUGCAGAAAAUAUAUUAAUUAAUGAAAACAAG